GCGGCGUCGACAAGGGCCCUGCUGGCAGCGGUCGUUGUCACCCGCGCCACCACCAUCAUCACCAGCAGCAGCAGCAGCGCAGUCAGCAUCACCACCACCACCACCACCACCACAGCCCUCACCACCACCACCCUGGUGGGCGGCACUUCGCAGCCGCGCUGGAGUGGAGUGGCGACAGCCGCUCUCUGCUGGCGCUGAGGCUGACCCCACGCACCCAUGAGGCCUAUCAGCUGGUGCGCUGCGAUCUGCUGCUGCACCCACCCUUUGUACGGCAAAGGGGGCAGCAGGAUCAGCCACCGCCGCCACCACUACCGCCACUUCCGGCACAGCAGCAGCGGCUGGAAGAGGAGGAAGAGGAGGAGGGAAGGCAGCGACAGUUGGGGGAGCAGGCGCAGGCGCAGGGGCAGGAGCAGGGGCAGGAGCAGGGGCAAGAGCAGGGGCAAGAGCAGGGUAUUGCAGCUCCACAGCAACGACGGCGACAGCGGCGGCGGCGUCCUGAGCCCACCGUGCUGUUGGAGGCGGCUCACGGCUCGUUGGAGCUGCUGGGCCCCAGCGGCUGCGGGGGCUUCCUGCUGGUGGGCGGCCCAGCGCUCCUGGCCCUGCCACUGCAACAGCCGCACCCACCGCCCGCGUCAAUUGAAGCAGCAGCGGCGGCAGCAGCAGCGGCAGCAGCAGCGGGUGCACUGCCAGCACCACUGCCAGCGCCAGUACUGCCACCGCCGCCACCGCCUCUCCAGCCACAGCCUCCGCUGUCAUCGCUGCAGCCACCCCCGCUACUGCCGCCGCCGGCACCCUUGUCCUCGUCAUCCUCCGGCCUGGAGCCACAUCAGGAGGGGCCGCGACGUGAGGAGGAGCCACAACAAGGACAGCGCAUCAGCCUUGGUAGGGAUGUGAAGGAGGAGCAGCAGCAGCUGCAGCAAGCGACGGAGGUGGACCAGCAGCCGCACUGGGUGGUGGUGGCAGAUGAGUCGGAUGGUGGUUGUGACGUACUUCGGGCGGAGUACCUGUACGGCGCCUUUACAAAUAGCAGCGGCGGCGGCGGCAGCGGCAGCAGCAGCAGCAAUAGCAGUAGCAGCGGCAGCAAUAACAACGAUAGCGGCAGCAGUAGCAGAGGUAACCGAAGCGAGACAUUUGCCGUACUGGCGGAUACGGAUGAGUUCCCGGAUGGUCAUGUGUGCGCUGUAACAGACGGAGAUUUAAAACGCCGUACGGUGUUGCUGCCGGGGCGGCGAGGGACGCAGUUCGUGGAUAUAGCGGUGGUGCACUCGCCAGGCGCCAGCAACACCGGAGGCUGUGUCAGGGGCAGCACCACCCCCACCCCCACCCCCAGCAGCAUGGACAGCAGUAGCAGCGGCAUCAGCGGCCCCAGCAGCAGCCCCAGCACCCAGGCCAAGAGCGGCACCAUACCCACCCCCACCCCCCUCACUGCC